AUGCUUUCUGCUGAUGGGUUUUCUUGCUUUCCAUGUUUUGCUGGAUGCUUUUUAUGCUCAUCAACACAUUAUUAUCAAUGCACAGCCUGCUUUUCUUCAUAUUACUUAUUAAAUGUCCUCUGCGAUACACAAUGUCCAAGCGGUUUCAAUUCAAAUGCUAUAACAAAUAAAUGCGAUUUAGUGAAUAGUUUAAUUGUGGAUUUAGAAUUGGAUGAUUAUAUUGUGCUUGAUAAUUUAUUAGGAUUUAAUGUUGGUAGUAUUAAUACAAACACUUAUCCAGUGCUUGAUGUAAAUGACCAGAAGGGCUAUUUUUUACUGGGCAAAGUUAUAUGACUAGCUCUUUAA